UUUAAUUCUCUCCCUUUUCUGGAUAUUCUCUCAUACAUAUAUUUAUUCCUCAAAUUUUUCACUCACAUUCAAUAUCAGCAAGCCUCAAUACGCGCCUCAUUUCUCUCAAUGAAUUUCCUGCCUCUCAAAAUACUUGUCUUCUGUCUGCACAGUCCGCCUUUAGGUUGUUACUUAAUUAAUUCGGCCCCAAUUAGGAGAGCGAGCCCCCCACAACAGAUUGAAAUUGGCGUGUACACACAACAACAAAUAUACACACAUGGCUGACUAAAAGAGUUAAGGAGUCAUCAGGCUGACAGCAACAAAAGUAGUAUUAACAAGUAGUAGCAGUACAUUUAUAAGCGUAUGUGCCCCCUCCUUUUUCGAAAUUAAUCCAAUUAGCGAAUCGAUCGCGCGCGCUCACCACAGAACAUAGGACAAACACCAACACCC